GUAUGAAUUCUGUGUGCUAACGUUAUAUAUACAUAUACUUAUAUAUACGUUUAAAAUCAUUCUAUAAACUUUUAUCAACGGACAAUCAUGUCAAAUAAUGUUUUUUUCGAAAUUACUUUAUUUUGUGUUCUAACUUGAAACGAUACUCGCAUCAACUAUCCAUCUACAUGUACAAGUGUUAAGUGUGGUAAAAAGGAAGAAGCAAACAAAAAAAAAUCCUUUAACUUGUAAUGCAAUGAGUACAACGAAUUUUGUUCAAAAGGAACCAUUAAAAUUCUGAGAAUAUAUUAAGUGGACAGAAAACAAAACUUAAGAACCAAGACCAGAUCCGUGAGAGGAUAUAUUUAUAGCAAAUAAUUCCAAUUUUAUCUAACAAUCUCACAAUAAGUGUGGUGUUCAAAGCAAAAAAAAAAGAAGAAGAUUAUUUUACGCAAACCAAGUAGAGUGAAAUAACACUAAAAAAUUUUUAAAUUAUUAAAGAAACAAAAAGUAAAAAUUUAAAAUUUCUAUAUUAAAACGUAGAACGUAUAUAAACUAAUACUUAUAUACAUUAAGUGUGGGUGUGUUAUAAUACUAAUUACCAAUAAAAACAAAAAUUCCUAAGAUUUAUUCAAAAAAAGAAUUAAAAUUUAAAAUAAAAUUCAUAAACGACCUAUAACUAAGUGUAAUUCUAUUGCAUAAAAUAGAUUAGAAUCAAAUUGUCGUCGCAAAAAUAAACAAAACUAAUCAAUAAACAUAAACAUAUCAAAGUAAAAAAUAAAAAUAAAAACUAAAUCAACAAUGGCCUCAGCAAACUAUAUGGGCCAGAUGGCUAACAAUAAUAAACAAUCCUCCGACAAUGCAAAGACUCAUUCACCGAAAAUCCGAACGCACAGUCAAGUAGUGGCCGGCUCGUCGUCCAACCAACGCAGUCCACUAAUGGCCAAUCGUAAUCAACAUUCACAAGAACCGCCAAACUAUCAUCAUAUACAAAAUCUUAUGGGAACAAAAACAUCAUCGUCAUCAUCAAUACAAUCAUCCAUAUCGGGAACAACGAAUCCUCAACAUCUGCAACAACAACAACAACAACAACAACUGCAACACAAUCCUCCACCUCCAUACAGUCAUCAUCAACAAAUGAUUUCAUCUGAACGGUAUGCAUCCUCAGACAAUAAUUCGAUCCAUUCGCGUCAGCACGAUAUUAUGGUGGAUAGCAAUUGUAGCAGUGAUGGGAGUGUUAUAACCAGUGCCACGGCCAGUGGUUUAAAUAAAAUUCAUCCGGACGGUGGGUCAGUGAAGCACGAACAAGGAGCUGGUUUGACUAGUGUUAACAGCGAACAACAGCUCUGCAUGAUGUACAAUGCUCAACAACAUUCCGAUUAUAUUAUUUCGGACUACAUGGACAAGAUUGCCACACGAAUCAAUAUACUGGAAACCGAAUUGAAAUUUGCUUGGCGCGCAUUGGAUUUAUUGUCCAACGAGUACGGCAAAAUGUGGAGUCGCUUGGAGAAGUUGGAGAAUAUAACGGUUGAACAACAGUCGGUCGUCGGCAACAUAAUGGAAUUAUAUGGACGUGGCAGAGGAGCAUCGGAUCUGCUCAGCAACAAUGGCAGCCAAAUUGUUGUUGUUCAUCCAGAUGACGAUCCUGCACACGUUGAAGCUUUGAUGCAACAAAAUUUUGACUAUGACGAAGAGGACAUUCAGCAAAUGCAACAGAUGCAACAAAUGCAGCCUUUGGGUGUUGCACCACCAUCGGCUCUUGAAUUUAACGAUAUGCUCGAAGAACUGAAGAAUGACGCUCUCGACACAAACUUAUUGUUGAUGGGAAGCUAUUCUAAGAUGAUGGAACAGCAGCAGCAAUCUAAUCGCUCAAAAUCUCCUGCUAUCGUCGUCAUAAAUAACGAAUUCAACAGAAACGAUGGGUAUGACGAAAUUGCUGCUAGUGUCAACGAGGGAAAUCUUAUGGAUUUUCGCAGAAUGCGAGCGGCUGCAGCUGGUAAGGAAUUCGAAGAGUUGAUUCAGUACAUGGAAAGAGAUCAAAAAGGCAAUGCUGUAAUGAUAAGAGAACUAUUGGGUAAUGGGGCCAUUAAAGAUGGACUUGAAGAAGGAAUUGAUCUCAUGCAGCGCGAACGGUUACUGAAAAUGUAUCAAAAUGACAUGUACCAACGAAUGAGUGGUAAUAUCGAUCAACCGACUGCAGAUGGAAUUUUUAAAGCGCAAAUAGACAACCGGAUGCGUUCUGAUACGGAUUUUUUUCGGAGUGGCGAGCUAAACAGGGACAUCUUUAGUAAUAUGUUCCAAACUAGGGACGUGCCAGGUGCCGGAAAUGAUGAUUUUUUUCGGCAGACCACCGAUAGCGGUGGAGGAGGAGGAGGAGGAGGAGGAGGAGGAAAUGAAAUGGCGAUGAUAGAAGGAAACGACGAAGAAAUGAACGAAGAAUUUUAUCGUAGUUUGAAUCAAGCAUAUCGUGACGAUGGAUUCAAUAAUGUAUCGGCAUCGAAUGUGGAAAUAAUUCUGCCACACAAAGAAUCUGGUGAGCAUGUUGUACCAUCGAGACCAGUUUCUUCACUGGGAAUGAUCUACGAAGACAACGAGGAGCUAGAACCGGAUCAUCAGAGUUCAGCUUCGGAAGUUGACGAAUUUCUACAUUUUGGCGAAGCAAAUAAAAGACUUGAGCAUAGCUCAAAUGUAUCAAUAGCUCAAGGUAUUUCUAGUCAAAGCGGCCAGUUAAACCAGUCGAAACAUAAGCCUCGGCUGGAAAGUCAUACCAAACGGUCGAAGAAAAAGAAGCACCACAAAAAUGAAAUGGAACUGUUGAAUAAUUUGAAAACAGCCAUUGCCGGUGAUCAAAUCAUCGAUGGUGUAGCUACGUCGACAUCGGCCCCUCAAUCGGGAAACGAAAGCAGUAGCCCUCCGAAGCUAAUGAGCAAAAAUGAAUUGAUAGCCCAUAUAAUGAGCGAAAUAAAUAAGGUGGAGGAGCUUACACAGUUCAGUCAGCAACAGUUCGAUGACCUUCGAGCAAUAAUCGAACGGGAAUAUGGAUUCUUUGAAAAGAUUAAAAAAAUUAACAAAAAUCUCAUCCUGUUGCUGCUGAAUCCAAUAUCCAGAUCAGAUAGUUUUGAUGACAGUGAUCAGCGUUACAAACAACUGACUGAAAAGCUGCAGAAGAACAUCGAAAUUAUUAAGAAAUUAUUGGGAAAUGAUUAUCAAACGAUGGGAGCAGUAGUUGAUGCGAAGCCAACAACUGACAUCGACUUAAAUAUUAAAAAUGAAAAUUUUUCUGAAUUAGAUAGUUUAAAGCAAAGAUAUGAAAUGAAGAGCAACGUUGACAAUGUUUACACCUCUGCUAUAUUCGAUGGAAAUAAUAGCCGAAGUUCUAGCAAUCGUAAUCUGGCUCAACAAACAACCGACGAUUAUAGUCGCAAUUUGCUGCAGAAUAACAGUCAACUGAACGCUCAACUGAAGAUACUUGAAAGCAAGGAACACGAAAUCAUUCGAAAGUCUCUUAGGAAUAUUAAUCAAAUGGACGAAUAUUAUGCAAUACAACAGCAGAAAUCGUCCAUCAUUCCGCAGUUGGACAACAUGUCUCGGAAUAAUUUGCUUGACAAUUUCGACGAAAAGGCUAUCAUCAGUGAAAAGGUCAUACUGGACGAAAAAUUAGCGCAAUUCAAUCUUAUCAAUAACGACGAACGGAAUGCUUUUUUAGGAGGAAAUUUCGGCUCAGCCACCCAUUACUCGAGUAACUCAAGUAUUUACAGCAACGAUGAGUAUAUCAAGUCGUUGAAGAAGUCCUUAGAACGUCACAAUUCAAUGCUGUUCCUAUUACAUUUGCAAAAUCCUAACAAUCGUGGUCCUGGUGGAUCGACUGCAACCACUGAAGAUUUUGCCAUAGUCGAUGAUGAUAGAAUUAGUAACGGUUCGCACAGUCCUCCGCCGCCUGCUCCCAACGGUGAAGAUCCGAUGUCAAACGCUCAAAAUCUACAGAAACAGCAGAUUGUUAACCUACCCAUGUCGGCAAUGAAUCCAUUUCAUGCCGAUAUAAUGUCAUUGAAUGAGGAAUUGCAUCAACAACGAUUAGAUAUAGAACAUAAUCAACAGCAAAUGCUGCGCACUCACAUCGAGUCAUCGCCAAAGAAAACGAAAAGCGACUCUGGACUGUCGUCCAUGAGUGGAUUCUCAAGUUUAGAAAAAUCACCGAAUUCUCCAGGAAACAAGCAAUUGCAACGGCAACAGCUGCACUACUCUAGUGGCAGUUGUACCGAGCUUCCGAAGCAUAUGGGAUCAAAUUUCAAUGAAAAUGACUUCAUGUUUUCCGAGGAGAACUUGAACUACAUUCGUGAGCUAUCGAAAAAUGUUCCGAUCUGUUCCGUUUAUGAGAACAAAUCGAUUUUCGAUGAAGCCGAACAUCAACGAUCCCGUAAACACGGAUCGUCAUAUCAACUGUCCUCGUCGACAGCAAGUCAUUACGGUUCGCAAGGCAAUUUUCCCGAUCUCGUUCAAGAUCAAAACAAGGACCUGAAAUACUAUGCGGAUGGUCACAAAAGUCAGCAACUCGGUCCGUCUCCAUCUCCAUCACCUAGUCGACGUAGUUUGUCGCGCGGUCAAUCGUACUACGAUGAACCUCCGAUCGAAGUGGAUGAUGAAUACAAACGAACUCAUUCGCACCAGCAAAAGCACAAGCAACUUACUGAUCGGUUAGUUUUCUAUCCGUCGUCUAGUAAGAUCACCGACUAUAAUAGCAGCAUGAAUUUAGACUAUACUGGUCGAAUAGAUGAUAUCAGAAGACAUCAACAGCAGCAGCAGCAGCAGCAGCAUCAACAGCAGUAUAAUCUGUCACAAGCCAUGUCUCAGGAUCCCAAAAAUUUUACCAAUUUAGAUAGGCACCAACAAAAUAUUAAACAUUACAUGCAAACGCUGCAAACAAUACAGGGCAGAAGCCAAGAUUCACGUUCAUAUCCAAGAAAUGGUGCCACAAAUAUGCGCUAUGGAUCUUUAGAUAGUCAACAAGCGCCCGCAUUACCUGCCCAUCAAAAUCAACAACAUUCCUACAUUCUGAACCAGUCCGGUUAUGUCACCAUCAGUUCCGAUUUGAAGGAAAAAAUGCAACCUCAACAAUCCAAUCAUCAUCAACAAUCGGCGUCAUUAACGUCGACCCACAAUAACAGCAAAUUGGUGAACAAAUUUUCACAUUGGCUUCCGGAUUUAAAAUUAAAGAAAUUGAGCAAGAAACAUCGAUCCCAUUCUCUGCCAGCCGGUGUUGAAAUCGACGAUGACUUACCUCAACCGAAUGCCACCAGGCACCAAUCAGCUACUUCAGCACAACAAAAAUUACGAAAAGAUUCGUCUUCCAGUUCGGGCGUGUCGACAAACGCAUCGACGAAAAAGAAAAAGCGUUCGUUAGUUUCCACCAUGUCCAACAUAAUGCAAAAAGCAAAAUCAAUAAAUCGUCGUCACAGUUUCACGCAUCAUUCAUUUACCAAUCCAUUCAGUCAUCAUAAACAUGUGGGAGCUUACUCUAAACAUCCACAUUCGACCAGCCUAUCGGAUCCGGAAGGCGAUGUUCAUGGAUUUUUCUCGGACAACGACGAUACGACCAGUACUAGCGAAUAUGAGAAACAAUCGCUACUGGAUGAGUAUGGAGGCUUCGGUGAUUUGCAGCACGAUCAGCAAGCUAUGCUGUUUCCUACCAUGAGUAACGUUCCUAAAAUUAACGAACAAAAAUCAGCUCCCGACCAGGCUCCUCGAGAAUCACAAGCCAAAAAAGUGCAGCCACCACCCGUCUCAGAUAGUGAUGAUAGUGGAGGUGAAAUUUUCAUAAAUCCGAUGUUUGCAACAGUUGGCGAUGCAGUGAAACCCCACAGUGGCGGAGAGAACAGCGGAGAGGACAAUGUUAAUGAGCCGAAAGUAGCGACUGCCUCCAUUACUGUUGUAACUCCAUCACCGGAUCCAUCGUCUAGUAACACAACCAGUGGAGAUCCGAACAAUAAAUUCAUCUUCUCCAGCACUAGCAUGGAAUUUGCAGUAAGUCGUAAAAUUGCGAAGUAUCGCCAGAAAAAUGUUAGUUCGGACGAUAUUAACGGACAAAAGCAUAGUGACGAUGGUGGAGAGGGUAGUGAACAACAGAUUCCAGUUGCAGUGGUCGUUCCGCCUACGACAAUGACAACACCAAUCAGGCCUCCCGAACAUCAAAAGUCAAUAUCUCACAUAGGACAACUUCAAAAAACCCACUCCAUUUUUGUCGAAGAUGAGAACAUCCCAGUCGAGAACUUUGGCAAUGUACCAACAUCUUCCGGAUUCGAUCUACAGCCUGCAACGCAAAGUAUCAAAACGAAUAUCUUUGAUACCAUCCCAUCCGAACCCGUGACCGUUCCAUCUAGCAACGCAAGAAGUUUUAAAUUUUCGCAAAAGAGUCAACAGAGCUUGGAUAUUCCAUCGUCUCGCGAUGAUGAAGACAACCGUAGCCAACAUUCGUAUCGCACAAUGUCAUCGUCGCGACGGCAAUCAACCGAAGAUAGCAUCGACACAGAUGACGAGUAUUUUGUCUAUGAAUUACGGAAAUUGGAGGAGCUGGAACGGCGCAGUCAUAUGGAGUCGUCUACCUACUAUGAUGAUGGAGUGCACGAAAGUGAACAAUUACUAAAUAAAAUCGAUCAACUGGCGAUAGACGAAGAUGACGAAUAUACUAUGCUAAAUGAACGUAAAUCCUAUCAGCCGGACGAGGAUGUUAAAGAGAAAAUGUCUUUCGUAUUAAGCGAACUGAAAAAUGUGGUUAAAUUGCAGCCAGAGAUUAAAGUGAACAACGUACGAAGGCGAAGUGAGGCAGAAAAGGGACAAGGGAAAAAGUCGAAUGUCUACGAAAAGUUUUCCCAUGCCAGCGACAUAUCCUGGCAGAAUAAAACGUAUGACGAUGAUGAGGAGAAUUUCUUGGGUGAAAUCGAUCAGCUAGAAAAAGAAAUUAAGAACCAGCGCUACGGCAAACAACAGAAACCUAUAAAAAUGCGGAAAAGGAGACGAAAAAGUCCUAACUACGGUGACUCCUACGACUCAGAUGAACCCGAUGAAUAUUCGUCAACACCAUAUUCGUCGGAAGAAGAUGACAAAGACCCGAACAGACCACGUCCAAUAUCCAGAGACUCAUCGGAAGCAACGUCUGGUCCGGAUAGUCCAUGUCAUCUUACCGACGAUGAUUUGGAUCAUACGGAAGCUUUCCGAAAGAUGGAAGACUACGAUGACUUUAAGCAGCGCCAAAAAACUGAACUAACCGAGUCAAAAAACGACGUAGCUGUCUCCCCAAAUGAUGAAGUGAUGCACGAAAGCGGUCAACUUGCCGUCGAUUCGAACGAUGAACGAAGAACAUCAACGGAUGAGAGAGAGUUGUCCGGCGAUAUGGGUGAAUCGGAUGUUGGGGAGAUGGGUACGGAAAUAAUAAAAUCAGUGCGUAAAAUGCCAGGUGAAAAGAUGCUGAGCCAUGAAUCGAGUCAGGAUAGUCAAAAUGGUGUCCUCGGUAGCAGUAAAUGGAAGCUGCUGAAAACGUUGAAGGAGAAAAAGAUCGAGGAGAAAAAUAAUCAGGAAAAGAUAAAGGAAGAAGAGUGUACACAGAAAGACAAAGAUAAGAAUGGUACCGGUAAUGGCGAAGGCAGCGGUAGAGGCAAUGGCCACCCUGGAGACAAUCCAUUCUAUAGCAACAUUGAUAGCAUGCCAGAUAUUCGACCCCGUCGGAAAUCAAUACCAUUGGUAUCUGAGCUCGUACUCAAGACAAUGGCCGCUACGAAACGUAAUGCCGGAUUAACUUCAGCCGUGCCGCGAGCAACUCUUAAUGACGAAGAACUGAAAAUGCAUGUCUACAAGAAGUCGCUGCAAGCUCUUAUCUAUCCAAUAUCGUCCACAACGCCGCAUAAUUUUGUCCUAUGGACAGCAACAUCACCGACAUACUGCUACGAAUGUGAAGGUCUGCUAUGGGGCAUUGCCCGCCAGGGGGUCCGAUGCACUGAGUGUGGCGUAAAAUGUCACGAAAAGUGUAAAGACCUCUUGAACGCAGACUGCUUACAAAGUAUGCUUUUAAGGGCCGCCGAGAAAAGCAGCAAACAUGGUGCCGAGGACAAGGCAAAUUCAAUUAUAACAGCCAUGAAAGAACGAAUGAAACAGAGGGAACGUGAAAAGCCGGAAAUUUUUGAACUAAUCAGGAUGACAUUCGGUGUGGAUCCGGACACACAUAUAGACUCAUUAGAACAAGCCGAAGCAGCUACGGUUGAGGGAACAUCAAAAUGGUCAUGCAAAUUGACAAUUACAGUGAUAUGCGCUCAAGGACUGAUAGCAAAAGAUAAAAGUGGCACCAGCGAUCCAUACGUUACUGUUCAAGUGAGCAAAGUGAAGAAACGUACCCGAACAAUGCCACAGGAAUUGAAUCCCGUGUGGAAUGAGAAAUUCCAUUUCGAAUGCCACAACUCAUCGGAUCGGAUUAAAGUGCGUGUAUGGGACGAAGAUAAUGAUUUAAAAUCAAAAUUACGACAGAAAUUGACCAGAGAGUCGGACGAUUUUUUGGGUCAAACGAUAAUCGAAGUACGAACAUUGUCGGGCGAAAUGGAUGUCUGGUAUAAUUUAGAAAAGCGUACCGAUAAAUCGGCUGUGUCUGGUGCGAUUCGAUUACACAUUUCCGUAGAAAUUAAGGGUGAAGAGAAAGUCGCCCCAUAUCACGUGCAAUACACAUGUUUGCAUGAAAAUUUAUUUCAUUAUUUGUGCGAAGAAAAUAUUGGAAUGGUGAAAUUGCCUGCCUCCAAGGGGGAUGAGGCGUGGAAAAUAUAUUUCGAAGAACAUCCCGAGGAGAUUGUCGACGAGUUUGCAAUGCGUUAUGGUAUUGAAAAUAUUUAUCAAGCAAUGACUCAUUUCCAUUGCUUGUCCACAAAGUACCUGUGUCCUGGUGUACCGGCUGUGAUGAGCACACUUCUAGCUAAUAUAAAUGCGUACUAUGCACAUACGACAGCAUCGUCAGCUGUAUCAGCUAGCGAUCGAUUUGCUGCUAGCAAUUUCGGAAAAGAAAAAUUCGUCAAACUAUUGGAUCAAUUGCACAAUUCGUUGCGUAUCGAUUUGUCGAUGUAUCGAAACAAUUUUCCCGCUUCUAGUCAAGAAAAACUGAUGGACCUCAAAUCAACCGUAGAUUUACUGACCAGUAUUACAUUCUUUCGUAUGAAGGUGCAAGAGCUUUCGAGUCCGCCGCGUGCCAGUACUGUCGUUAAGGAUUGCGUGAAGGCCUGUCUUAGAUCCACCUAUCAAUUCCUCUUCGAGAAUUGCUAUGAACUCUACAAUCGGGAAUUUCAGGUGGAUCCAAACGAGGCUAAACGAGAUCCUGACGACCACGGACCGAAAUUGGACAACGUUGACUUUUGGCAUAAGCUAAUAGCAUUGAUUGUCUCCGUGAUAGAAGAGGACAAGAAUAGUUAUGGGACUGUUCUCAAUCAAUUCCCGCAGGAGCUCAAUAUUGGCCAGCUUAGCGCAGCCACCAUGUGGGGGUUGUUUGCCGUCGACAUGAAAUACGCAUUGGAGGAGCAUGAACAGCAUCGCCUGUGCAAAUCAUCCGCUUACAUGAACCUACACUUCAGGGUUAAAUGGCUGUAUACGAACUAUGUGAAAGAAGUACCGCCGUACAAAGGCGCUGUUCCAGAAUAUCCAGCCUGGUUUGAGCCUUUCGUUAUGCAGUGGCUCAACGAAAACGAUGAUGUUUCGUUAGAAUAUUUGCACGGUGCUUUCAAUCGUGAUAAAAAAGAUGGGUUCCAAAAAAGUAGUGAACAUUCGCUAUUUUCGAAUUCUGUCGUUGACGUAUUCACGCAGCUCACUCAAUGUUUUGAUGUAGUCAGCAAACUAGAAUGCCCCGAUCCAGAAAUCUGGAAGCGCUAUAUGCGGAGGUUCGCUAAGACCAUAGUCAAGGUGCUAAUAGCUUAUGCCGACAUUGUCAAAAAAGACUUUCCGGAGCAUAUGAAAGAUGAGCGCAUAGCUUGCAUUCUUAUGAACAACAUCCAGCAGCUGCGUGUUCAGUUGGAAAAGAUGUUUGAAUCAAUGGGUGGCGAUAAAUUGGAAGAAGAUGCGGCGAAUAUCUUGAAAGAACUGCAACAGAAUCUGAACACGGCACUGGACGAUUUGGCAUCGCUGUUUGCUGACAGCUUGGAACCGAGAAUCACACAGAGCGUUCGUGAAUUGGGUGACUUAUUGGUUGGCAUUAAGGGUGGCGGCAAUUUGGGCGCUCAAAACCAAGCGGCACAACGUAAUGCCGUUGCGGUUGAAGCGGACGAAGUGUUGCGUCCAUUGAUGGACCUGCUGGACGGAUCAUUAACACUGUAUGCCCAAUCGUGCGAGAAAACCGUACUCAAACGAUUGCUGAAAGAAUUGUGGAAGAUUGUGAUGCGAAUAUUGGAGAAGACCAUUGUCCUGCCACCGAUGACCGAUAAAACGAUGAUGUUCACUAAGCUCACCGACAACGCUAAGAAUCUAGCGGCAAAUGCGAAAAUCGAAGAUAUGGGCAGACUGUUCAAAAAUCAUAUGGCCGGCAAGCAGGACGUCAAAAUCGCUUUAAGUGGUGUAAUGGACAUAUCAAAGGAAGUGGAAAAGAAUCUGUCACCGAAACAGUGUGCCGUACUCGACGUCGCAUUGGACACAAUCAAACAGUACUUCCAUGCUGGUGGAAAUGGUCUAAAGAAAACAUUCCUGGAAAAGUCGCCCGAAUUACAGAGCUUACGUUAUGCGCUCAGCUUAUACACGCAAACGACCGAUACGCUAAUCAAAACAUUCAUUACUAGCCAGGUGCAUGAAGUGAAACGUCGCAGUCUUACCGUUGAUGAAGUCGAAGGAUUAGAAAUUGAUCCCAAUUUGGAGGAACCGCUUAAAGCGAAAUUACGACGUGAAUCUCGACAAGAUUCACAAAAUCCAGAAGAGAGCGUUGGUGAAAUAUCCGUACAGAUCGACUUGUUCACACAUCCUGGAACUGGCGAACACAAAGUCACGGUCAAAGUCGUGGCAGCUAACGAUUUGAAAUGGGUGAUACAAUCGGGAAUGUUUCGUCCAUUCGUCGAGGCGAAUCUGAUUGGACCACAUUUGCAGGACAAAAAGCGCAAACAUGCGACCAAAUCGAAAUCGAAUAAUUGGUCACCCAAAUACAAUGAAACCUUCCAUUUUAUGAUCGGAAACGAAGAGCAGUUGGACUACUUUGAGUUGCACAUUUGCGUCAAAGAUUAUUGUUUCGCUAGGGACGAUCGACUGGUUGGAGUUGCUGUGUUACAAUUGAAAGACAUUGUGGAACAGGGUUCAUGUGCCUGUUGGCUAGCUCUGGCUAAACGCAUCCAAAUGGAUGAGACUGGUUGGACAAUAUUACGUAUCUUAUCACAACGUAAUAAUGACGAAGUUGCCAAAGAAUUUGUUAAGCUGAAAUCGGAAAUACGUCAAGAACCACUGAUACCGAAUCCAUAGGAGUGUAGAAUGUAAACAAACGACAAAAUGUAACAAGAGUGGAAGUUCGUCAAAUCGAAAUGAAUUCCGAACGAUCCAACAAACAUUUAGUAUGAAAGUAAGAAAACAAUAAAAACAAACAAUUUUCUAUGUCAAACUUGUAACGUAAUAGUAUCUGUAGAAACAUGUGAAUGUUACUCAAAAUUUUGAUGGAUAAAAACCGUGAAAGAUAUCACACAAUUAAUUGGUUUAUGUCGAUAAAUGUACAUAUGAUGCCAUGGAAUCAAAUGGGAUCAUUUUUAAUGUCAUUACAAUGUUUUAUAUGAAGGUAACCUUCCGACCUAA